AUGGGAGACGGUGGCGGCGGUGGCGGUGGCGGUGGUGGUGGACACCACGAGGACACGCGGCCUCGGCGUGACCUCAAGUCCUCGGAUCUCUUCGUGGCGGUGAAGACGACGGGGAAGUUCCACGCCAGCCGGAUGAGGCUGCUGCUGCGCACCUGGGUGUCUCGCGCGAGGGAACAGGUGAGAGUGGUGGCGACACAGGUGACCGUGGAGGGAGAGACAGACGUGGCAGUGCUGGGGUCGACGGUGUCGCCCUCCUCGUCCUCCCUCCUCGUCACCGUCCUCUCCUGCUCGGGCAUCGUCGUCUUCCUCGUCCUCGUGCUCGCCUGCUCCUGCUGCCACCGCUCGGGAGUGCGCUUCAAGGAGUUUGAGAACACGGACGUGGAGGACGAGGAGGCCGCGGGCUUCAGCCCCCCCGCCUCCGAGCUGCUGCCCUCGUCUCCGUCCACGCACGACGUCUACGUGCUGCCCCUGGCCAACCUCUCGCACGGAGGGCAGCAGCAGCAGCAGCCCGCUGGCGAUGCGCUGAAGAAAGCCGGCGGAGGUGUGGAGAUCCGACGCAGCCUCAGCUACAUCCACGAGAUCGGCCGCGGGUGGUUCGGCAAGGUGCUGCUGGGAGAGAUCUUCGCCGGCUUCAGCCCGUCCCGCGUCGUCGUCAAGGAGCUGCGGUCGGGCGCCCCCCCCGAUGAGCAGCGCAGGUUCCUCGAGGAGGCGCAGCCGUACAGGCUUCUACAGCACCCGAACAUCAUGCAGUGCUUGGGACAGUGCACGGAGUCCUCGCCGUACUUGCUGGUCAUGGAGCUCUGCUCGCUGGGGGACGUGAAGGCGUACCUGCGCGGGCUGGCGGGGGUGACGGGCAGCGUGGUGGACGUGGAGCAGCUCCUGCGCAUGGCCUUCGAGGUGUCGGCCGGGGUCACGCACAUGCACCGCCACGGCUACACGCACAGUGACCUUGCCCUGAGGAGCUGUCUCUUGACCUCUGACCUCACGGUGAAGAUCGGAGACUAUGGCACAUCCGCCACCAAGUACAAGGACGACUACCUGGUGACGUCGGACCGGCAGAGCGUGCCGCUUUGCGGUGGAUCGCGCACUGAGCUCGUGGACGACGUGCACGGAAACCUCCUCGUGGUCGACCAAUCCAAGCAGAGCAAAGUGUGGUCGCUCGGCGUGACGCUGUGGGAGCUGCUGGAGCUGGGGUCUCAGCCGUACAAGCACCUGACGGACAAGGAGGUGCUCUCGUAUGUGGUGAAGGAGCAGCAAGUGCGCCUCGCCAAGCCUCGCCUGCAGAUGGUGCACUCGGACCGCUGGUACGAGGUGCUGCAGCUGUGCUGGCUGCCGUGUGAGCAGCGCCCGUCCGUGGAGGAGGUGCACCUCCUCCUCACCUACCUCUACAACCGGCGCCUCUGCUCCAGUGACGACGCCAGCUUCGAGCGCCAGUGGAACGCGCUCAAGCCGUGCCUGCCGCUCGCCCACCACCACCAGCAACAGCAGCAGCAGUCGGCGCCGGCGCCCGCCUACCCACAGCUGCGCCGCUUCUCCAGCGAGGGCCUGCAGGAGGAACUGGACGACAUCCUCACCGUCACCGAGACCAGCCAGGGCCUGAGCUUCGAGUACUCGACCUAG